CUCAAACUUAGAUUCUCGUUGUGAGUCUGUGACGGAGUAAAAGAACCGAGGUUCGUGAUCCUGGUUGUGAGCGGGGAGUCCUUAUCGAGAUGAGGUGAUGCGCUUAUGCUCCACUGGCUAUGCCAGCUUCAGGCUUUGCGGCUGAUGGAGGCCGGGGCAAUUGGAGCUGGCGCUGGGCAGGCUCGCAGGGCAGGACAAGGUAUUUGUAAUUUCCCAUGGUAGCGGCGGGAAUGUGCGUGGAUGCGAGAUGGGGUGUGCUGAUUUCUGCUGAUUAACACCAUGUGCGUGUCGGAUGCGGAUCAGAGAUCCAUUAUUGAUUGAGGGAAGUAUAAGGUUAAGAGUAGAGGUUUGUGUUUCGUUUUUUGGUUCGUUCUAUUUCUCUGUUACUGUACGGAGCUUCUUUACGUUAUUUCGGUCCACAUCGUCUACGAUUUCAUCGUUCGUCCGAUUUUAGUCCUCGACGUCAUCAUCCGAGGUCUGGGUUUAAGCUUAGUCGAGUAGAUAAGCUGGAGCUUCCUAUUUCUUUGUAGAGUGAACGACGACUCGCCGGGAUUUGAUCAUUACACGAUACGAAGAUACAACAACGAGGAACUGAAAGAAAAGGAAGAACGAACUAAGCAAAGAACAGACAUCAUGGUGUCAGACUUUGGUCCUACGAAUCCAGAAGACGUGAUGGUUAUCCGCGAGCUGGUUCCAGGCGUCACAACCGUCUCGCUCCCCUUCACACGGAUGAAGAGAAUCAAGUUUGGAGGACGAGCAACGAUUGGUAAUUCCUCUCCCUAUAUACACACAACCAAGUACUAACACACUUUCCCAUAGUCCGUCUUCAAUCCGGCAACCUCGCAGUCUUCUCCCCCGUAGCCUUAACACCCACCCUCAAAACACAUAUCCAAUCCCUCGGCACAACCGUCUCCUACAUGGUCGCGCUCGACUUCGAGCACCACAUGUUCCUCUCCUCCUGGUCGGAAGCCUUCCCCAAAGCCCACAUCAUCGGUCCCGAGGGGCUGCCCGAAAAACGCGCCGAGCAGAAUCGAACGAGCAAAGACGUCACCAUCCUCCCCUUCGGCACGAUCUUCACGAAAAAAGACAAAGCCUCCAUAAAAAUCAGCGAAGAAUUCGACCGAGAAUUCGACUACGAAUACGUCGAGACCCACCCUAACAAAGAAAUCGUCUUCAACCACCGACCUAGUCAGACCCUCAUCGAGGCAGAUCUCAUCUUCAAUCUGCCUGCGACGGAACAGUAUUUCAAGACGCCGGGCAAGGAUGCGACGAGUGAGUUGGCGACGAAUAUCUUUACGAGGCUGAUGAAUACGAGGGGCAGUGCGGUGUGGCAGAAGCGCUUGCUUUGGUAUGUGAUGGUGAAGAAGGGGGAUCGGGAGGCGUUUGGGAGGAGUAUGGAGAGGAUUCAGGGGUGGGAGUUUAGGAAUAUUGUUCCCUGUCAUGGGGAUUGUAUUGUUGGUGAUGGGAAGGGGGUUUUUCAGAGGGUUAUGGAGUGGCAUUUGACCAAGAAGGGGGGUGUUUAGUGGGGAGUAGAGUGAGGUUAUGUGAGUUGGG